GAGGCUGCCCGUGAAGCUUUCUGUAUACAUCAUGCAGCCAUCACGAGGGGUGCCACGACCAAGACGUUUUCAUCCGUUGCUUCUCUCCCUCUUUCCAGUUUGUGGAUAUGCUGGGCUGGCGCCUGGAGACGGCAGACAGAAUGGUCAUCCCCGUCUCAUUCAACCCGGGCAGCAACAGCAUGGUGGCGGAUCUCCAGGAGCUGCCCGCAACUGUCCACAGCGCGUCCUGGGUCGCACCCGCGUCCUACUUGGGGGACAAGGUUUCUUCAUAUGGUGGCUACCUCACUUACCAAGCCAAGUCCUUCGGCUUGCCUGGCGACAUGGUUCUUCUGGAAAAGAAGCCGGAUGUACAGCUCACUGGUCAGCACAUGUCCAUCAUCUAUGAGGAGACAAACACCCCACGGCCAGACCGGCUGCAUCACGGGCGAGUGCAGGUGGUCGAGGGAAACUUCAGACAUGCCAGCAGCCGUGCCCCGGUGUCUAGGGAGGAGCUGAUGACAGUGCUGUCUAGACUGGCAGAUAUGCGCAUCCAAGGCCUGUACUUCACAGAGACUCAAAGGCUCACCCUGAGUGAGGUGGGGCUGGAGGAAGCCUCUGACACAGGAAGUGGACGCAGAGCAUAUGCUGUGGAAAUGUGUGCCUGCCCCCCUGCCUACGCUGGCGACUCUUGUCAGGGUUGUAGCCCUGGAUAUUAUCGGGAUCACAAAGGCUUGUAUACCGGACGGUGUGUUCCCUGCAAUUGCAACGGACAUUCAAAUCGAUGCCAGGAUGGCUCAGGCAUAUGUGUUAACUGUCAGCACAACACCGCGGGGGAGCAUUGUGAACGCUGCCAGGAGGGCUACUAUGGCAACGCCGUCCACGGAUCCUGCAGGGCCUGCCCGUGUCCUCACACCAACAGGUUUGCCACCGGCUGUGUGGUGAACGGGGGAGACGUGCGGUGCUCCUGCAAAGCUGGGUACACAGGAACACAGUGUGAAAGGUGUGCACCGGGAUAUUUCGGGAAUCCCCAGAAAUUCGGAGGUAGCUGCCAACCAUGCAGUUGUAACAGCAAUGGCCAGCUGGGCAGUUGUGAUCCCCUGACUGGAGACUGCAUAAACCAAGAACCCAAAGAUAGCAGCCCUGCAGAAGAAUGUGAUGAUUGCGACAGCUGUGUGAUGACCCUCCUGAAUGACCUGGCCACCAUGGGCGAGCAGCUCCGCCUGGUCAAGUCUCAGCUGCAGGGCCUGAGUGCCAGCGCGGAGCUUCUGGAGCAGAUGAGGCACGUGGAGACCCAGGCCAAGGACCUGAGGAAUCAGUUGCUCAACUACCGUUCUGCCAUUUCAAAUCAUGGAUCAAAAAUAGAAGGCCUGGAAAGAGAACUGACUGGUCUGAAUCAGGAAUUUGAGACUUUGCAAGAAAAGGCUCAAGUAAAUUCCAGAAAAGCACAAACAUUAUACAACAAUGUUAAUCGGGCGAUACAAAGCGCAAAAGAACUGGAUAUGAAGAUUAAAACUGUCAUCCGGAAUGUGCACAUUCUCUUAAAGCAGAUCUCGGGGACAGAUGGAGAGGGAAACAACGUGCCUUCAGGUGACUUUUCCAGAGAGUGGGCUGAAGCCCAGCGCAUGAUGAGGGAACUGCGGAACAGGAACUUUGGAAAGCACCUGAGAGAAGCAGAAGCUGAUAAAAGGGAGUCACAGCUCUUGCUGAACCGGAUAAGGACCUGGCAGAAAACCCACCAGGGGGAGAACAACGGGCUUGCUAAUAGUAUACGGGAUUCUUUAAAUGAAUACGAAGCCAAACUCAGUGACCUUCGUGCUCGGCUGCAGGAGGCAGCUGCCCGAGCCAAGCAGGCAAAUGGCUUGAACCAAGAAAAUGAGAGAGCUUUGGGAGCCAUCCAGAGACAAGUAAAAGAAAUAAAUUCCCUGCAGAGUGAUUUCACCAAGUAUCUAACCUCUGCAGACUCAUCUUUGUUGCAAACCAACAUUGCACUGCAGCUGAUGGAGAAAAGCCAGAAGGAAUAUGAAAAAUUAGCUGCCAGUUUAAAUGAAGCAAGACAAGAACUAAGUGACAAAGUAAGAGAACUUUCCAGAUCUGCUGGCAAAACAUCCCUUGUGGAGGAGGCAGAAAAGCACGCGCAGUCCUUACAAGAGCUGGCAAAGCAGCUGGAAGAGAUCAAGAGAAAUGCCAGCGGGGAUGAGCUGGUGCGCUGUGCUGUGGAUGCCGCCACCGCCUAUGAGAACAUCCUCAACGCCAUCAAAGCGGCUGAGGACGCGGCCAACAGGGCUGCCAGUGCAUCUGAAUCUGCCCUCCAGACAGUGAUAAAGGAAGAUCUGCCAAGAAAAGCUAAAACCCUGAGUUCCAACAGUGAUAAACUGUUAAAUGAAGCCAAGAUGACACAAAAGAAGCUAAAGCAAGAAGUCCAUCUGGCUCUCAGCAACCUACAGCAAACCCUGAAUAUUGUGACAGUUCAGAAAGAAGUGAUAGCCACCAAUCUUACAACUCUCCGAGAUGGUCUUCGUGGGAUACAGAGAGGUGAUAUUGAUGCUAUGAUCAGUAGUGCAAAGAGCAUGGUCAGAAAGGCCAACGACAUCACAGAUGAGGUCCUGGAUGGGCUCAACCCCAUUCAGACAGAUGUGGAAAGAAUUAAGGACACCUAUGGGAGCACACAGACCGAAGACUUCAAAAAGGCUCUGACUGAUGCAGAUAACUCGGUGAAUAAGUUAACCAACAAACUACCUGAUCUUUGGCGCAAGAUUGAAAGUAUCAACCAACAGCUGUUGCCCUUGGGAAACAUCUCUGACAACAUGGACAGAAUACGAGAAUUAAUUCAGCAGGCCAGAGAUGCUGCCAGUAAGGUUGCUGUCCCCAUGAGAUUCAAUGGUAAAUCUGGAGUUGAAGUCCGACUGCCAAAUGACCUGGAAGAUUUGAAAGGAUACACAUCUCUGUCCUUGUUUCUCCAAAGGCCCAACUCAAGAGAAAAUGGGGGUACUGAGAAUAUGUUUGUGAUGUACCUUGGAAAUAAAGAUGCCUCCCGGGACUACAUCGGCAUGGCAGUUGUGGAUGGUCAGCUCACCUGUGUCUACAACCUGGGGGACCGUGAGACUGAACUCCAAGUGGACCAGAUCUUGACCGAGAGUGAGACUCAGGAGGCAGUUAUGGAUCGGGUGAAAUUUCAGAGAAUUUAUCAGUUUGCAAGGCUUAAUUACACCAAAGGAGCCACAUCCAGUAAACCAGAAAUACCCGGAGUCUAUGACAUGGAUGGUAGAAACAGCAAUACACUCCUUAAUUUGGAUCCUGAAAAUGUUGUAUUUUAUGUUGGAGGUUACCCACCUGAUUUUAAACUUCCCAGUCGACUAAGGUUCCCUCCAUACAAAGGUUGUAUUGAAUUAGAUGACCUCAAUGAAAAUGUUCUGAGCUUAUACAACUUCAAAAAAACAUUCAAUCUCAACACAACGGAAGUGGAGCCUUGUAGAAGGAGGAAGGAAGAGUCAGACAAAAAUUAUUUUGAAGGUACGGGCUAUGCUCGAGUUCCAACUCAACCACAUGCUUCCAUCCCAACCUUUGGACAGACAAUUCAGACCACUGUGGAUAGAGGCUUGCUGUUCUUCACAGAAAACGGGGAUCGCUUCAUAUCUCUGAAUAUAGAAGAUGGCAAGCUCAUGGUGAGAUACAAACUGAAUUCAGAGCCACCAAAAGAGAGAGGAGUUGGAGACGCCAUAAACAACGGCAGAGAUCAUUCGAUUCAGAUCAAAAUUGGAAAAGUCCAAAAGCGUAUGUGGAUAAAUGUGGACUUUCAAAACACUAUAAUUGAUGGUGAAGUAUUUGAUUUCAGCACAUAUUAUCUGGGAGGAAUUCCAAUUGCAAUCAGGGAAAGAUUUAACAUUUCUACGCCUGCUUUCCGAGGCUGCAUGAAAAAUUUGAAGAAAACCAGUGGUGUCGUUAGAUUGAACGAUACUGUGGGAGUAACCAAAAAGUGCUCGGAAGACUGGAAGCUUGUGCGAUCUGCCUCAUUCUCCAGAGGAGGACAGUUGAGUUUCACUAAUUUGGGCUCACCGCUUACUGACCACCUCCAGGCCUCAUUUGGAUUUCAGACUUUUCAACCCAGUGGCGUAUUAUUAAGUCUUCAGACACGGACAAGCACCCUGCAGGUCACUCUGGAAGAUGGUCACAUUGAAUUGAGCACCAGGGAUAGCGACGGCCCAAUUUUUAAAUCUCCACAAACAUAUAUGGAUGGUUUGCUGCACUAUGUAUCUGUAAUAAGCGACAACUCUGGACUACGGCUUCUCAUUGAUGACCAGCCUCUGAGAAAUGGCCAAAGGCCAAAACGCAUUUCAAGUUCCCAGCAGUCUCUGCGUCUGGGCGGGAGCAAUUUUGAGGGUUGUAUCAGCAAUGUUUUUGUCCAGAGGUUAUCACUGAGUCCCGAAGUCCUAGAUUUGGCCAGUAACUCUCUCAAGAGAGAUGUGUCCCUGGGAGGCUGCAGUUUAAACAAACCACCUUUUCUAAUGUUGCUUCAGGGUUCUACCAGGUUUAACAAGGCCAAGACUUCCCGUAUCAAUCAGCUGUUGCAGGACACACCAGUGGCCUCCCCAAGAAGCAUGAAAGUGUGGCAAGAUGCCUGUUCACCACUUCCCAGGACCCAGGCCAAUCAUGGAGCCCUCCAGUUUGGGGACAUUCCCACCAGCCACUUGCUAUUCAAGCUUCCUCAGGAGCUGCUGAAACCCAGGUCACAGUUUGCUGUGGACAUGCAGACAACAUCCUCCAGAGGACUGGUGUUUCACACGGGCACUAAGAACUCCUUUAUGGCUCUUUAUCUUUCAAAAGGACGUCUGGUCUUUGCACUGGGGACAGAUGGGAAAAAAUUGAGGAUCAAAAGCAAGGAGAAAUGCAAUGAUGGGAAGUGGCACACGGUGGUGUUUGGCCAUGAUGGAGAAAAGGGGCGCUUGGUUGUGGAUGGACUGAGAGCCCGGGAGGGAAGUUUGCCUGGAAACUCCACCGUCAGCAUCAGAGGACCAGUUUACCUGGGAUCGCCUCCAUCAGGGAAACCAAAGAGCCUUCCCACAAACAGCUUUGUGGGAUGCUUGAAGAACUUUCAGCUGGAUUCAAAACCCUUGGAUACCCCUUCUUCAAGCUUCGGGGUGUCUUCUUGCUUGGGUGGUCCUUUGGAGAAAGGCAUUUAUUUCUCCGAAGAAGGAGGUCAUGUCAUCUUGGCUCACUCUGUGUUGCUGGGGCCAGAAUUUAAGCUUGUUUUCAGCAUCCGCCCAAGAAGUCUCACUGGGAUCCUAAUACACAUCGGAAGUCAGCCUGGGAAGCACUUAUGUGUUUACCUGGAGGCCGGAAAGGUCACGGCCUCUAUGGACAGUGGGGCAGGCGGGACCUCGACCUCAGUCACACCAAAGCAGUCUCUGUGUGAUGGGCAGUGGCACUCGGUGGCAGUCACCAUAAAACAACACAUCCUGCACCUGGAACUGGACACAGACAGUAGCUACACAGCUGGACAGAUCCCCUUCCCACCUGCCAGCACUCAAGAGCCACUACACCUUGGAGGUGCUCCAGCCAAUUUGACGACACUGAGGAUCCCUGUGUGGAAAUCAUUCUUUGGCUGUCUGAGGAAUAUUUUUGUCAACCACAUCCCUGUCCCUGUCACUGAAGCCUUGGAAGUCCAGGGGCCUGUCAGUCUGAAUGGCUGUCCUGACCACUAACCCAAGCCUAUUUCACAGCAAGGAAAUUCACCUUCAAAAGCACUGAUUACCCAAUGCACCUCCCACCCCAGCUCGAGAUCAUUCUUCACUCAGGACACCAACCAGACAGGUUUUAUAGCAAACCUAAUUUUGAAUUCUGACCAUGGAUACCCAUCACUUUGGCAUUCAGUGCUCCACAUGUAUUUUAUAUACAAAUCCCAUUUCUUGAAGAUAAAAACAUUGUUAUUCAAACAUGCACAGAACGUUUUUGGUAAUAUUAAUUUCCACUAAAAAAUUAAAUGUCUUUUAAGGAACAUUCUUUUCCACUUGUUAAAAAAAUUAAAUAUAUUUUAAAGCACUUUAAGAAUAUGAAACUUUCAUAUAUGUUAAAGGGUUAUAAUUUAUGGAAUUAAAAAAUACAGUGUAGUCCUUAAA